CAGAGAAAACAAAAUUUAUUAGGUAUGGAGACUGUUCCAAUCCAGGCAGCGACCACGAAAUUACGUCAAAACAAUACCAUUCACAUUUGCUUUUCCCCACCAGCUUUCCCACUCUGCAUGUUUGCUUCAAUUAGAGAAAUGGGGAAGAGCUCGAGCUACGUAUAAAUUUAAAGUUCAUCUCGCUACUCUUUGCUAAACAUGCACCCCCACAGUCAUGGAUGAUUCAUGCUUCAAUUUCCUUUCGCUUUUGUUGAUACAAUGUUUCAUGGGAAGCUUAGCUGUUAUAACUGCAGCAAACCUCACCACAGAUCAAUACGCACUGCUCGAAUUCAAAGACAGCCUUGAUUCCGACACCAUAUUAGCAAACAAUUGGACCAGCUCUACCUCUGUUUGCAACUGGGUUGGUGUUUCAUGCAGUUCUAGCCCUGAAAGAGUCACCUCCUUAAAUCUUCGCAGCAUGAAUCUUACAGGAACCAUUUCUCCGCACCUUGGGGACCUUUCUUCUCUCCUCUCUCUCGACUUGAGCGGCAACAAGCUUAACGGCUAUCUACCUUCGACAAUUUAUAACUUGUCUUCUUUGCAAAUCAUGGACUUAACAUCUAAUGAACUAUCUGGUGAUUUCCCAGAUGACUUUUGUAGGUAUUUUCCCAAGCUUGAGGUUCUUCAUUUGGCUUUCAAUGGGUUUUCCGAAAGUGUUCCUUCAAGGUUAGGUGACUGUACCAAUCUUCGAAAUUUGUCGCUGUCUAAUAAUAGAUUCAAUGGAUUCAUUCCAAGAAGUAUUGGGAAUUUAACUAGGCUGAAAGAAAUACGCCUGAGUGGAAAUAGUUUACAAGGUGCAAUUCCAUGGGAAAUAGGUAACCUUUUUAAUUUGGAGAUAUUUGCUGCAGAAAAUAAUGGGGGUCUUACAGGUGGGAUUCCACCUUCCAUAUUUAACAUUUCUUCAUUGACAAAACUUGUCCUCUUCAACAAUAGUCUAUCCGGUCGUUUACCGGAUAGCAUGUGUAAUCAUCUUUCCAAACUUGAGGAGCUUGUUAUCUCUUUGAAUGAAUUUUCUGGUCAUAUUCCAUCAAGUAUAGGUGAAUGUAAGAAUCUUGAGAUUUUAUCACUGUCAACUAAUCGAUUCAAUGGAACCAUUCCAAGAAGUAUUGGAAAUUUGACUAGCCUCACACGACUGAAUCUGCGUGAAAAUGAUUUAACAGCUGGAACCUUGUCCCUGAUAUUUGCAUAA